CCAUAGAAUUUCCUACCCUAUCUAUGCGACCAUCGACCACGGCAUGCGAGCUGUAUUGCAUUAACUUUGAGAAAUUUUGUCUUCGGUGGGCUGUUUGGUCUUUGAUAUUCUUCGCUGUUGUGUAGUGCGCGUGUAAAAUUUGCUGUUGGAGAAAAUGACGUGUAAGAGAAGAAAUAGUGGAAGAUCGAAACAUGGUCGAGGCCAUGUGAAUCCUGUUCGCUGCACUAACUGUGCGCGGUGUGUACCGAAAGACAAAGCCAUAAAAAAGUUCGUGAUCCGUAAUAUUGUUGAAGCUGCGGCCGUAAGGGAUAUCACAGAAGCUAGUGUAUACACAGCAUAUCAGCUACCAAAACUGUAUGCAAAGCUGCACUACUGCGUUUCCUGUGCCAUCCACUCAAAGGUUGUGCGCAAUCGUUCAAAGGCAGACAGGCGCAUCCGAACACCACCAAUUAGGACAUUCCCAAGGGACAUGCGACAAGGAGGCCAACAAGUGAGGAAGUGAUAUGUGUUUGAAGUUCAAUUAAAAUAAAAAUGGUCAAAUUUU